UCCUUCUUUAGGGGCGUUCUCUAAUGUGUUUACACGCUUGCGCAAACCAAUGUUAUGAAUUCUAACAGUAUCAACAUGUCUGCCUCCUUGGUGCGAGCGACCGUCCGAGCGGUCAAUAAAAGAAAACUUUUUCCCACAAGAGCCGCGUUAACUCUGACUCCUGCAGCUGUGAGCAAAAUCAGAUUGUUGCUGCAGGACAAACCAGAAUAUAUUGGUUUGAAGGUGGGAGUGAGAACACGUGGCUGUAAUGGCCUGACUUACACUCUGGAAUACACAAAGGAGAAAGAGAAAUCGGAUGAGGAAGUGCUCCAGGAUGGUGUGAGAGUGUUUAUUGAGAAGAAGGCUCAGCUCACCCUUUUAGGAACUGAGAUGGACUUUGUAGAGUCAAAGCUGUCCAGUGAAUUUAUCUUCAAUAACCCAAACAUCAAAGGCAUGUGUGGCUGCGGGGAAAGCUUCAACAUCUGAGCGUCGCUGAGCCGCCGCCCCUCCCCAGCUCAGAGCCCCGGCUUUUUCUCUCGAGAACGAGAGAUGGCCGACGAGGAAGUUGGGUGUGAGGAAAUCAACGCGAUGUGGACACCGCUCAGUCCCUGCCGCUGCUCUUCCUGCAAACCAUUCACACACCAGAUCAAUCCAACUAUGCAUUUUAUUUUGCCCUCGAUAAGGUUUCAAAACAAUCUGUAGUCAAAGCCAGAAAUUAAUUUAGGUUAAAGUUCCUCUUGUGUUUUACUGUUCUCAGUUCUGUGUUUGAGAAAACAUUAGGACCUCAGAAGCUAGAUGUUUUUUUAGUCUAAAAUCUUUUUUUUAAUGUAUUUUCAGUCAGAUCUAAUGGUAAAUGCAGGAGAAAAUAGUGCAAGGUGUGUUGAUGGAAUCGGAGAGCUGGAGAGGUUCUGGUCCUUAAAACUGUUAGGGUUUAGGAUGGUAAUAAAUAUCCAGUUUCCACUGAAGUCGAGAUGUUAAGGCAAACCAACAUCAGCUGUUUGAUAAAAGCAUUGCACCGCAGUGUCCUGUUCUCCAGCCUAAUCUAUGGGAUAACUGGAGGAGCUUGAGUGUCUUGAAGCUGUUUUUUUCAGCUUGUAACAUUGCUAUGUAUGUAUUUAUAUGUGUGUAAAUAGAAGAAAACAUUUAAAUUCAACAAAUACGCACAAAACAAACGCACAAAACAUGUAUCCUUAUGUAAGAGUACACAAAGUUUCUGGUAUUUUGUUUUAGCCUGAUCAGAGCCAAGAUUGUUUGUGUUGACUGUAUGCUCUUAAAAUCAUUAACCUGUGCAAUAUGUCUGUGUACAUAUGAAUAAUAAAAAAGCAAAAUGAA